AUGCCACUCGUGUUAAUGUGUGGAAUGCCUUGUACUGGCAAGUCGACACGUGCUCAGCAGCUCCAAGCUUGGCUAGAAGACUAUGUAGCCAAGAACUCGUCGGAAAUGGCAGCUCAAGGUGUCGUGAUUAAACAAGUCGUGAUUCUCAGUGACGAUGUCGCGGAAAUUGACAAGUUCAAAACAUAUGCAUCUGCAUCAGAGGAAAAAAACUGUCGAGCUUCGCUAUACUCGGCCAUUGAACGUUUGCUGUCUAGGGAAACGAUUGUGAUCUCGGACUGGAUGAAUUAUAUCAAGGGAUAUCGGUAUCAACUGUAUUGCUCGUCAAAGACAAUGGCAACGCCACACUGUAUUCUGUAUUGUGGGACACCUGUGGAAACUGCUAGAGCUUGGAAUACUGCUAGAUCAGACAAUUCCUAUGAUGCUGCCACGCAAGUUUAUUGA